AUCGAAAAUGGAUAAAGGCAAUAAGGUCAAGGUAAUGAAAAUCAGAGCGAAGACAACUAAUAUGUCAAAGAGGCAUAGCAAGGCACGUAACGAAAUGAUGCCUAUCCGAAAAGACUCCUCCUACAAUGGGACUAAUAGUUCAGAGGUUAUCAUGAACUUUGGCCCUAAAUACACCAAUGAUAUGAAUAAGGAGAAGCCAAUGAAUAAAUCAGGAUAUGAUAAGUACACAAAUUUGCAAUAUGGAAUCAGCCGACAUAACAAAGUCAUCCGACCAAAGAACUCUGAUAAUGAAAAGUUUGUUCGAAGAGUUAUAUUCAAAAAUUCUUCACUAGAGCACUCGUCAAAUAUGAAUCUAGAUGAUGGGGAGUCCCACCAGUUCCGAAAUUCUACUGAAGAUAGAGAAGGAAGAGAUAGUUCAACUAUUAGGCUCAGAAAAAUGAUUGCUUGUAAAUAAGCUCAAUUCUAAAUAAAAUGCCUGAUAUGAUGAAUAAGCUUAAGCCUUAUUUUAAUUCCAGGCAAGCUGCUCCUUCUUUCAUGGCUAUAAGAAAGUCCAGAGAUAACAAGUCGCAAGAGAGCGGAAAUGAGAAGUCUAAUAAUGAAGAGAAUAAAGAGAAUGAUGCUCAGGAGAUAACUCCACUUAAGGAACGGCCUAAGCCCUCUACAUCUCAGGUAGAACAUCUACUAACUUAUUCAGGGAAAUAGCAAUAAAGGCUACGCUAGAAGCUUUGCAACUGGAAAGAUCAAAUUCAAAGGGAUAAAUGUCAAUAAAGCUAAAGGAAUGCUCCAGAAGUUAAGAGUCUCCAAAAUCGACUCAAAUAAGAUUAAGCCAGUCAGGGCAUAUCUCAAAAGAGAUAAGAAUUUCAAGUCUGUCAAGCGAGGCGGAGGGGAGAACCGUGAAAUGAACUCUCCUUAUGUAGACAUCAGAGCUCAAAAGGGAGAGACACUUAAUGAGUCAAAGAUUAAACUGAAAGAAACCAACAAUGACUUCUCCAAACAGAUUUCAGAGGAAUACAUCCCUUCUGGAAAACGAGAGCAGAGGUGGAAGUCAAAUCUCCGUGCGAGAGGUGUCAAGUCUAGUUAUAGGCCGAAAAGAAUCACCAAGAAUCAAGAUCUCACAAAUGUGCGUGAUGGAUCAGUCAUGAAGAAUUCCAGGCUCAAUAAUUUGGGCAAAAAUAACUCAAAAGAAACGAAUAGUCAAAAGAUGCAGCCUAGGAGCAUAACCUAUCAGCCUAGUGUGAUCAGAAGAAGAGAAGGAAACCAACUCAAAGUUGUAGAUAUCCGUAGUGAAAUGAUUCAGAAUAUUAAAAGAAGAAGACAAGAAGAUACAACAGGGCCCAAGCCUAUUAAAGUGGAGAGAACUGUAUCUAACGCUAAGGGAAUCAGGAAGAUCCAGAUCAGAGAUCAGUAGAGACACAAGCAAUUUUAAAAGUAACCUAUUGAAACCUUAACUUU